AUGCCAUCUACAGCAGCCUCACCUGUCAGUCAUGCUACCAAGGACAAUUCAUUCGACCCUGAUGGAAAAAGCAACAACCCUUCGUCGUCCUCGUCAAUAGCCAUGCACAAAGAGACUCGACCUUCUUUACAACGAUCGGAUGAUGAUGACAACGAUUCGAUACCACCACAUCCAGAUACUCGACCCCAUUUAUCAUAUCUACGAUCAGAAUGGACGUCGCAAGAUCUUCGAGCACCUGGUAGUAACGAUGAGGAGCAGAUAUUGCCACAACGUAUUGUUCUUCCAGCGUAUACAGCAUCAUCAGCCAUUGAAAAAGAAGUCUAUCGGUUACAAUUGGGUGCAUCGGGUUUAUGUUUGACAGCAAUGAUGAUCACGAGUUUGAAUGGGGAGGGCCAUGUUAUUCCAUAUGCUCCGCCUCUCCUUGCUCUAUACUGGCUCGUGUUGACCGCCAUCAUCUACACGCGACAUGACAGCAACAUGGAUAAUCUCCUCCUCCCUCUUACACAACAUGGUGCAUUAUUAUCAGUAGCUAUCAUCAUACCCACCAUCACAUCAACAACUACAACUACUACUAUUGCUUGUAUCUCCUCCUUGCUCAUGGCAUCUAUCAGCCUUUGCUUAUUUUUCGUCAUUCGAAGAAUCCAACACGCUAAUUCUAUCCAGCAACAACAUCAUAUUCAUCAACAUGCCACAGCUCAAAAAGUGGUAGAUGAAGCAGUACGCAAUCUUGCCAAUCGACGAUUCUCGUUCUUAUCCAUUGUAUCACAAGAAGUACAAGAUGCAGCACUCAUGGUCAUCACCACCUUGGAACAAUUCUCGCCUUCAACCAUUCUCACCAAUACUCACGAGUUAUUGAGUGCGUGUUCAAUCGCUGUCCCCAUAGCCAGUAUUUCAGCCAUCAACACCACCAUCAAACAAGUGUGCUAUAUCAGCUCCCAUUUGCAAUUGUUGGCUCGUUUGCUUCAAGAAGGGAAACAUGAAUCAACCACAUCACCCUCUUCCUCCUCCUCUGAUAUUGAAACGAUACGAAGCAAUGUCUCUGUUGAAUUUGAUAUCGGCGACCUUGUACAAAACGUGGGAGAUGCAAUGGCUGGCAUGGCAGCUAAGCUUGAUGUGAAUUUGAUUCUCUAUCACUUUGACAAUGGAAUGCAUUAUACCAAUGUGAUGGGCGAUGAAGGUGCUAUUCGUCAUGGAUUAUUGGAUUUAUUGAGGAAUAUUCUGGAAGGCUGUACGCCUGGUGCAUGCAUUGAGCUUGGAUUGAACCUUGAAUCAUCGGACACAACGGGCAAACUCACCAUCACAUUUGAGAUCACCCAUACAGCAUCACCUGCUAUCCCUGACAACCUCUCAUCUGCAUUAUUGCCCAAUGCUAACUUGACAGUCAAGCUGCUCGAAUACUUGGGCGGUCAAUUGGAGGUGACUUGUGUGGGAAAGAAUCGGACCCGUUACAACAUCACAGUGGAAAUGGAACCAGGUCAUAAUGGCAAUCAUCGGAAACUACUUUUGUUGGAGGAGCCGACAUUGUCAUUAUACAAGCAGUAUCCAAGUGUCAAGUUUUCGAAUGAACCCACAUUGGAGGAGCUCAACCGUUUCAUUGACAGCCUCAAAGGACUCAAAAUGGUGUUGCAUGCAAGAAAACGCUCUAUUUUUGCUCGCCAUCUUACAAGUUGUCUUGCAAGCUGGAAUGUCGAUAUUAGCCACGUGCCCGUAGUCAGCAUCGCAACAUCCACUGCAUCUGAUGGUACGACACCCACAAGUGAAGAUGCCGGUACAGCUACAACGGGUGGUGAUACCCCUGGCACUCCUGAAACGCCUGCAACGACAUCCACUUGUCAAUCACCACAACCCAGCAGCCAACAACAACAACAGCAACAGCAACAACAGCAGCCUCAAGUACCAUCGCCUGCUAUUGCUGAAGAACAAUUGCAUUCUAUUCCACCCACAUUUGUAUUGAUUGAUGACGACGUUGAGACUUUGGAACGUAAAUUACGCGAGUUUCGUAAUCAACCACCUGCUUCAGCUCAUGCAUUGCAACAUCAUCAGCAGCUACGUCGACAUAAAUCAUCUCGAUCAACAUCAGGUGGAGGACCUGCUCCCAACUUUUUCCAUCAAGGCACCGUUGCUAUCAUUCAUUUUACAUCGCUUACCAAUUACAAGCGUGUACGUGAUGCCAUUCGUUACUUUUCAUCAUCACCCACGAUGCCACCAUUUUCGAUGCCACGUCUUGUUGUUGUGCCAAAGCCUGCGGGUCCACGGCGUUUCUUGACAGCAUUACACACCGCAUGGAAUAAUUCAGUUGUUGAGCCACAAUUCAUGCCGAUCGCCACGUCACCUCUUAGUCCUACGCCACAUUCCAUUGCAUCCGUAUUGCAACAACCACGUUCUGGUACAGGUGCUGAAUCACCGGCUGUUCCUGGUACACCUGCAGCGAUGGAGACACCUCAUUCGGAUAGGAGUUCGCAUCGUAGCUCACCUGGUGAGGCAUCUCGAAGACAACGACCGGGUAGUGGUGUCUAUAGUCCACCUGCAAUCUUGGAAGGAUCAAGUUCGGAUACGGGUAAUUAUUUCCCAAUGAUGGGUGCUACAGCAGCAACAGCAUCAUCAUCAUCGGCCACUGGACAAUCUUCACCUGGUCAAGGUAGUGGUACAACAUCACUUCAUCAUCGUGCCGUUGCUGCUGCAGCUGCUGCUGGAAGACGACGUUCACAUACAGAUCACGCACUUCAACCACCAUCACAACAAGAUCUCAAACAGCCUUUGGAUGCUACAUCACCAUCGCCUCCUCCACCUGCUACAACGUCAUCGCAACCACCACUUACACCAGCUGAAACACCUCAUCAACCUAGCACUUCCACUGAGGCACAAGCACAUGAUACAACAGCCACCCAUGAUCAUCCUGAAUCCAAUGUUGAUAAAGCAAGCCCUCUUCAAGGACAGCAAUCUUCACCACAACAACAAUCUCCAGGAGCAACAACAGCACAACCACAACCACCAUUGCCAGGAGCAACAGCAUCAACACCAGGAGAGAAACCAGUAGUUGCACCCAAGGGUCCUCGUCGUGGAUUGAAGCUCAACAAGAGGCGUAAAGCGGACAAGGGAUCAGCAUUUGCCAAUGUUGUCAGUCCACCUAUUAAUGUCUUGCUUGUGGAAGAUAACAUGAUUAAUAUCGCUAUCUUAUCAACAUGGAUGAAAAAGCACAAGAUUGGAUGUACGGUUGCAAACAAUGGCCAAGAAGCUGUGGAACGUUGGCAACAAGGAGGUUUUCAUCUUGUAUUGAUGGAUCUCCAAUUGCCUGUGAUGAGUGGUAUUGAAGCAACCAAAAAGAUUCGAGCUGUUGAAAGGCAACAAAAGAUUGGUGUCCUUCCAAUGAAUACUUCAUCCUCGACCACAACCGACAAUGGAGGAGACAAGGCAACCGGCACUUUACCAUCCUUGACAACCUCCUCCUCUCCAACCUCAUCAUCCGAUAGCCCUGAUGAGCUUGCACCAUCCACAUUCCGAUCACCAGUGAUCAUUGUUGCUCUUACUGCUUCAGAACUCGAAUCGGAUCGACACGCUGCACUUGCUGCUGGAUGUAACGACUUUUUGACGAAGCCUAUCAGUCUUGAGUGGUUGGAAAAGAAGAUUAUCGAAUGGGGAUGUAUGCAAGCAUUGAUCGAUUUUGAAGGCUGGCGACGUUGGAAGCGAUCUACAAUUGAUAAACCUGCUCAAAGCAAGGAGAACAAGGCAUCUUCAUCCUCAAAGACAACAACACCAACUACACAAGAACCUCCAACAGCAGCAACAGCUCCUUCCAAGGAUGAGGAGGAUGAGGAUGAGGAGAAGAAUAAGAGUGAUGACAAGCGUAAGGGUAUCAUGCUUGCAGGUGCUGCUGGUCUUGGUAAACGGCGUUUCUCUACGUUUGAUGAUAAGACACGUCGAUUUGGUGCUGGAGGACGUGGUCAAGGAUUCGGUCCUGGAUCGAUAGCAAGAAGCGGCUCUGAUUCGGAUUUAUUGGGUGGUCGGCCCCAAAGCGACAAUGAUCGACGACAACAACAACAACGUUCCUCCAACAAACACUAA